AUGAAUGAUUACAUUCCAGACUCAGAGGGCGAAGAGGAGUUUCUUCUACUGCCGUCCUUUGUUUCUAAGGAGAAACUACGGCGAGUAUUAUCAAAUCUUAAUGUCAACGAAAGAAAUGAAGCAACGAAACUCUUAAUGAAAUCAAAAUUUUCUGAAGCUUUAGUAGGUUCAGAAUCGAAUACAGCACAACUUGAUACAAUUCAAGAUGGUGUGACGAUUGCAGUUCAGAAUGAUAUAGAUGAGGAUAUGUUGAUAGAAAAUAACUCAAGAAGAGGAUUGAGAAAAAGAAAGUUUUCAAGUACACAUCCUUAUUUAGCUGAUCAGGCAGAAUGGCUAGGGUUGAUGAGUAUCGGCCGUUUGAAUGAGGUUUAUCAAGAAAAUCAAAACAUGGAUGAUAUUCUUAAAUUCUUGAACAGACUAUACUUGAAUAAGAAAGCGCUGUAUCCAAGUGAAGAGAAAUAUAAGGCUAAAAAUUUUUAUAGUUAUCUAGGUAGAGGUGCAGCGGGGGAAUUGGAAAUGGGACAUGGACACGAUGGAACAGCAAAUAUUGACUCUACAUUAUCGAGCCAACAUAGUAUAAAUCUGGAAAAAUUCCAAGGAAAUGUCAAUGACUUUUACAGCGAUCUGGAAGAUAGUUUAUUUGAGCCACCAGUUAGAACCCAUAGAAUUAACGUCGUAGAAGAAGACGAGGAAUAUGAUAUAGGGUGUGAUGCCAAUAGAGAUCUGUUUGGGCAGUCAGGAAUUCAUCCAUCAAGUGACUCAGACUCCCUGGAAGAGAUAACUGUACGCGUUGGAGGCAGGUUGAGAAAGGAAAAGAAUAUCUUGAGAGGUGUACUUCCGGAAUCUGCCAAAAGACUUGAGCUUUACAAGAAUGCCAGUAGAAAAAGAAAUCAGGAAAGAAAAAGAGAGAUAGAGCAUAGAAAGGGUCUUGCAAUACGGAAGAAAGCAUUGCCUAGUAAAAAGAUAUCGUCGAGAGAUUUAGAGGACACAUUUUUGGAUGAAAACACUUAUUAUCAAAACGAGGAAAUGCAUCCAAUUAUUUAUUCACAGCUUUCUGAUUCUAAUUCUUCUCGAAGCAAAACGGCUAGAGAGAGUGAGAGUGAAAUAGAUUCGAAAAGUGAGAUCUCUAGUGAAAGUGGAAAUGACAGCGAAUGCAGCGUGGUUUCUUUAAGUCAAAGCAUGCCUUCUUUGAAAGACUCUUACUUUGAGAGUCGAGAUUACAGAUACAAUACUUUAAACUUUGAUACAGUCUUAGGCGAUCAGCCCAAUAAUAAAAUUUAUUCUGCAAUUGAAAGUGAUGACUACGAUUCUGUCACAGAAUGGGAUGUUGUUAACCCAAUGUAUGCCUAUGAGACGAAAAGACAAAAUAGAAAGAGCCACUCUACAACGAGGAAAUCAUCCACAGUCAAAAUAAAUAGAAGAAGAAAACAAAAUCGAAAUCAUAUAACUAAUUCUAAGAGAAAGGGUGAGGGCAGAAAUCCGUUCAAUAGGUCAUUUUACCAAAAAAGAGGUGUAUAUGAUAGAAUGGAUUCGCUCAAAUUUGGGCUCUUAAAAAAGAAAAGUUUAAGAAUUGAUAAGAGUAAACUGGAUACACCUAGCAAGUCUCUGGAGAGAGGUAUGAUGGAUCCCAUAAAAACAUUGACAAACCCAAAGGAACUCUUAAGUGGAGAGUAUCAGUUUCUGAGAGAUCCAAAUGUAUCUACGAUUGCUCUUGAAGCGGAGAGUAAAUCAAAAUAUGUAAAGGAUAAAAAAAGUUUUUCAUCAACUACGAGAUCACAUCUUCAAAUGACAUCAACCUCUUUGGAACUAAACUCAGUUCAUCAAGGUUUAAUGAAUGACCGCUUGAGGCAAAUUGUUAGAUUAAAGCAAGGAGAAAAUGUUUAUUCUAAAUUAGAUUGCGUGGCAUUUUUAAUGCAAGGUACACGUUAUUCCUUUACUCUAGUCGAUAAACGUGGUUCUAAGAACCAAAGUGAUCGGUUACUUUCUCAUAUUUUGCAACUAGUUCGGAACAGUAAUGAAUUAAGUAAUUCAACUUUAUUUCAAGAAGUCAGUUCAGGAGUUUGUAAUCUAAUUGAUUGGUAUCUUGUUUUGCAAGAAGCGCCAGGAUUACGAUCUUGGAAAGUUUCACGCUCCAUCCUUAACGAGUUGUUGCAUUUCAAGGAUCUACAAGGUGCUGAAAGUAAGUUAAAGAUGUUUCCUUUAUUUUUCAUGUUGUACUAUCUUUUAUGUGUUCUCAGUAUGAGAGAUGAUGCACCAUUCGUCAGCCGCGAUAAGUCUAAAAGCCAUCUUGAAGACUUUGCUAUAAGAUUUUGGUCCUCAUUCUUUGACAGUUUUAGACCAGAAUAUUUUCAUGAGCUCACCACCGAGUAUGAGAAGAAUGAUAAAAUCUACACAUACAGCUUGUUAUAUAUAAUGUUCGCAAUUUUUCAAGAGGAUACUUAUGACUGGUGGCAGCAGAUCAAUGAAGCUCAAAUGAAGUCGCUGGCUUCGAAUCAUCAAAAAUUGGAAGCAGUGUAUUUCUUAGCUACCUUUGUCCCCAAAAGUCAUUCAAAUUGGCUUUGCUUUUAUGAAAUAUAUGAUAGAUGCAAAUUGGAGAAUAAUUCCAUUGUUCACAACCACUUUUUGGAUAUUGUUUACUCUUUAACACAGCUGCAUAGAUGGAAUCUUGAAGAAAGGUUGAUAAUCUUGAUUUACUCUUCCAUAACUUCCCGAAAAUUUUCAAACUUUGAUGAUGAAUGGAUUGUGCCUGAUUUUAUAGGAAGAGUGAAAACCAGAGACGAUAUUCCAGAGACAUCUUUCUUCGAAAGAUUUAUGCACCUUCUAUAUUCAUUUGUUUCAAGUAUACCUCAUGGUACAAACCAGAAGAAGUUGAUCACUAAACUUUUUAUUUCAAGCCACUACAAUUACCAAAAAGAUAAAAGGCAUUUCAUUAUGUUUAUUAACAGAUUAAAUUUCGUUAUACUUUUACUGCAAUUGUCAGCAGUCGACUUGAAGAAUCAGCUCAACGACUUAAUUAAACAGGUUGCCUUUUCGAACGAUAUUGGAAUAUUGGAUCUAUCAGUCGAUGGUAUAGCAGAAUAUACUAAAAUUGUUGCGAUGAAGGGCUUCUCUACACCAUUUGAGUCAUAUUUGACUUUAAUUAAUGCUAUAAUUCCUCCUUUCAAUGAAGUACCCGGUAUAUUGAAGAUCUGGACAAAGCUCAUGCGUGUCUUGGAAACUUCAUUUUUGAAGGAGAAAUCCGGGAAAGGUAAAAUUGACAUGAUUAUUUUACUAAGUGACUUGAAUCUAAAGUCUCUCCCCGAAAGAGCUUCUCAAGAUCUCUGUGCUUUGCUACUAAAUACCUUAAAUGAGUUAUCAAGAAAAGAGACAACCCACAAGUCACUUGAUUACUCACUUGAUAAAAUUAACGAUCAGAUUUUAAAGCUAUUGCAUAGCUAUAUGGGUAGAUUACCUCUUCAGGACAAAUUAAAGGAACAGCGUAUCGAGCGCUCAGUGGAGAUUUUAAUUCAAAUAUGGAUACGAUGCACGUAUACAUCAACUGAUCAAAACUGGAACGUCUUAGUAUUCCAAAAGUAUCCAUAUCUAGGAAAUAGUCAUCUGAGAGAACGCUUUGCGGCCCUAUUUUUCAGCGAAUUAUUAAAAUUCACGAAAUUAGAACAGUGUAUGGAUAAUGUUAUUAGCUGUUUGAUGCUAAAUUUAGCAUCAUAUUCGACGUCAAAAUACCUACCGCAGCUACUUACCCAAUUAACACUUUUACGAUCGGAACUUUUAACUUCACUGAAGCUAUCUAUAUAUAAUAGUGGAAAGUUUUUUCAAGCUGAUAAUUUUAAAUUGCAACUCGUCAAGGACAUCUUCAGUAAUUUAUCAGAGAGUCGCAAAAUCCCCCCAUCAGUGAAAAAAGCAUUUAUCGAAGAGUUCAUGAAAAAGCUUAAUGUGGACUACGAUCAUCACUACUCAAGUACGUGGUUUUCCUCAUUUUGCCGAACCCUGAUUGAGUAUAUACACAAAAGAUUGAGCGAAAUGGUGCUGUCGAGCAAUCAUUACAAAAGGUUGUGCAGCAAAUUAGGAAUUCUGGUAGAAGAGCACGAUAGUAUUGAUUUAAAUACUUUGCCCAUGAAGGAAAGGUUGAGACACAUGCAUUUAGAAGUUAUUUCAGCUAUACUCUUGAAAAAAGACAGUAAAUUAGUGCUAAACAAGUUCAUGUCAAAUCAGAACAGUAUUGUCACUUACCAUCUUAUUAGCAUUUAUUGCAAGGCUAUCAAUUUAAAUGAGCCAAACAAAUGGAUUCUUAUAUCUUAUUUGUUAGAUUGUGUAUGGUCUUCAUUUAAGGGAUACGAACUUUCAAUAUCAGAACCAAAUUUCAAGGAAUUUUUUUUUCUUUUAAUUGACAUACCAGCUUUGAAGAAUGAUUCACAGAGUUUUGAAUUUUAUAGAUUUAAAGCAAUGGAUUCUGUGUUCAGAUUAUGUGAACGAAUAUAUUUGCGCUAUGAUGGAUAUAAGGAUCAAGUUAUUAUAAGUGAGAUGAUUCACGAUGCCCUUAAGUGUCAUUUCAUAAGAAAUAACAACAGAGCAUGUACUUUUUCGCCCUAUCAAAUAGUCGAUAUCCAAGAAUCGGGAAUAGAAUUCCCUAGACACGCCUCUCCAGAGCAACUUGAAGAAGAUACUUUACAGGUAAAAUCUUUGGCAGAACAGAGUUAUGAUAGACUCAACAUUUUAUCAAAUAAACAAAGCUUACUAAUUAUGGAGUCUCUUUAUUUUGACUUCUAA